AUGUGGCAGAUUGUUUUCUUUACUCUGGGCUGUGAUCUCGUCUUGGCGGCAGCCUACAACAGCUUUCGGAAGGGUGUGGACAGCACUGGCAGAAAGCAGUACCAGGUCCAGCACGGGCCCUGCAGCUACACCUUCUUGCUGCCGGAGACGGACAGCUGCCGCUCUUCCUCCAGCCCCUACGUGUCCAAUGCCGUGCAGAGGGACGCACCCCUGGACUACGACGACUCCGUGCACAGGCUGCAGGUGCUGGAGAACAUCAUGGAGAACAACACUCAGUGGCUGAUGAAGCUCGAGAACUACAUCCAGGACAACAUGAGGAAGGAAAUGGUGGAGAUGCAGCAGAGCGCGGUGCAGAACCAGACGGCCGUGAUGAUCGAGAUCGGCACGAACCUCCUGAACCAGACAGCAGAGCAGACGAGGAAACUGACGGACGUGGAGGCCCAGGUUUUAAACCAGACAACAAGGCUUGAACUUCAGCUUCUGGAACAUUCCCUUUCUACAAACAAAUUGGAAAAACAGAUUUUGGACCAGACCAGUGAAAUAAACAAACUGCAGGACAAGAACAGCUUCCUAGAGAAGAAAGUGCUGGACAUGGAGGACAAGCACACGCUGCAGCUGCGGUCCAUGCGGGAGGAGAAGGACCAGCUGCGGGUGCUGGUGUCCCAGCAGAACUCCGUCAUCCAGGAGCUGGAGAAGCAGCUCGUCACGGCCACUGUCAACAACUCGGCCCUCCAAAAGCAGCAGCGUGACCUGAUGGAGACGGUGCACAACUUGCUGACCAUGCUCAACGCUUCCAACUGCACUAAGAACCCUAUUGUUGAUAAAGAGGAACGUAAUAUUUUCCGAGACUGUGCUGAAGUAUUCAAAUCCGGACUCACCACUCCUGGCGUCUACACGCUGACGUUUCCCAAUUCCACAGAAGAGAGAAAGGCCUACUGCGACAUGGACACCAGUGGCGGGGGGUGGACCGUCAUCCAGCGCCGCGAGGAUGGUAGUGUCGACUUCCAGAGGUCGUGGAAAGAGUAUAAAAUGGGCUUUGGCGACCCCUCCGGAGAGUACUGGCUGGGGAACGAGCUGGUCUCACAGCUGACGAACCGGCAGCGCUACCUGCUCAGAAUACACCUGCGGGACUGGGAGGGCGGCGAGGCGUACUCGCUGUACGAGCACUUCUACCUGUCCAGCGAGGAGCUCAACUACAGGAUUCACCUUAAAGGACUUUCAGGCACAGCCGGCAAAAUAAGCAGCAUUAGCCAGCCAGGAAAUGACUUUAGCACAAAGGACGCGGACAACGACAAAUGUAUCUGCAAAUGCUCGCAAAUGCUGACAGGAGGCUGGUGGUUUGAUGCAUGUGGCCCUUCCAACCUGAACGGAAUGUACUAUCCACAGAAGCAGAACACAAAUAAAUUCAAUGGUAUUAAGUGGUACUACUGGAAGGGGUCAGGCUACUCGCUUAAGGCCACCACCAUGAUGAUUCGACCGGCGGAUUUCUAA